AUGGAGCGCAGCCGUGGCGUCCCGGACAAUGAGCUCUUCAUGAGCAAGCCGGCGCCAGAAGACUGCGACAGUCCAACGGUAGAGCCGUUGCGCAUCUUCAAGCCUCAAAGCCCCGAUCCUUAUUCUCGCGUCUCAUCGACCUCCUCCAGCAGACCAACCUUCCCGCUGCCUCCUGGUGCGUCGAGCUCUGCUGCGCCUUUGCCGUUCCCAGACGACGACGACAUCCGAAAGCCAACUGCCCCAAAGCCCUAUGGCUCUGCCUACAACGACACGAGCCCUCGGUUGGACACAAACAUUGCUGCCGAGAAGAAGCCAGGCCUUGCUGAGAGGCGAGGUGCGGCACCGAAGCCCAUACACUCUCCGUCGAGUCCCGAUGCCGACUAUGGCCUCUUUGCGAGACCGCUGCAAGAUAAGCCUGCAGCUACGACAACAAACUAUCCGACUUACCAGAAGACCUAUUACCCGCCUCCCGGAGCUGCAUCCGGACCCUCGGGCAGCUCAUCAGCGCAGCCGCAGCAAUAUUCACAGCCCAAGCCAUAUCAACAACCUCAGGCGUAUGAACAGCCCCAACCACAGGCGCCUCCGCAGCCCCCCAAGGUCCCCCAGGUUGAGAACUUGAGCGCCAGCGAUUCAGGCGUCAACCGAUUUGCCUCCACAGCUUCAAACUCAACCACCAGAGCCAGCCGGGGCUCGCCCCCGCCUCCAGAGACCCCCAUCCUAGAGCCUGGGAACGUGCCUGGAGGAGGAAUCGAGGCUCGGUAUGCUGCUUCAGGCAUUUCCGGCACAGCAACCCUCACCAGCCUUCAAGCCUCACAGGUACAGAGUGCUGCGGCCGCGCAGAGACUGGCGCAGUACAACAAUCAACAGCCACAACCUCAGCGCCCCUGGACGCCUACAGAGUCUCCCGACCAGGCUCCCUCGGGUCCGCCGACUGUAUACCAAGGCAUGAAUCCAGUUUCAUCUCCUCAGCCGCAACAGCCAAUCACCAGCCCUAUCCCUCAACAACAGCCAGCACAGAAUCAGGCCAACGCUCCAGCCCAAGUAAGCGUUUUGGAGCAGGACUUCCAGCGCAUGUCCACCAGCUCUCCUCCGCCAGCUUAUUCGAGUGUCAAUCCUAGCGGACGUAGCUCAUAUCCGGCUGAGAAACAACGACCACAACAAGCCAGCCAAACACCUGCCUCUGUGCCCGCUGCUACUCCAAUUCCAUCUCAAGCCUCUGCGUCCACCAGCGCGGCACCACAGCCUGCCAAAGAGGCGGUGGUGGCCGCGGCUACGGCUGCAGCCACCGCUGCCGCUGCUGCAGGCCUUAGUUCUGCGGCUCCUCAUAAUCAAGGCCAUCCUGCAUUUGCAAACGAUCCUAAACCGGAGCCAGUCGUUCAGCAUGCCCAGGUUGUCACCAUGCCCCCAAAUCUCGCAGCGGCUGGCCCUGUUUCUCCGCCUCCUCUGCCCGAGGGAUGGAUUGCCCAUCUUGACCAGAAUUCGGGCCAAUACUAUUACAUUCACCUGGCCUCGCAGGCAACUCAGUGGGAGUUUCCAAAGGGUCCAAACCCUAUUCAGCACGAUCAAGCUCCUCUCUCGCCCACCGCCUCGACGUACGGAAAUCCUUUGGCUUCACCCAUGUUUGGCAAAACGCCCAUGGCUUCUCCCAUGUUUCCUCCCCACACUCCUGGAUAUGCUGAAAGCAUCAUGAGCGUUGCGGCCUCACAGGCCCCGACUGUCGGCUUCACAGGACCGCCGCCGAGCGCCGGCGUGGAUAUGUACAGGAUCCAACCAACCAACGGGGUCUACUUUGGCCCUUACCUCAAAUACGUUAACAUGAAUAUCGAGACGGGCAAAUGGUUUGGUAGCAUCCUCAUCGUCACAGAUGCGCCCCAGCCGCCUACUAUUCACUUGCACAUGAGCAUGGAUCUGUCCCCAAACCCCAAGCAGCUGAUCCCCCACCCCAUCUUCGUCCACCAGCGCUGGACCUUUUACAAGUACGAGAUUGACAUCGACAUGGGAGAGGCCACUGACCGAUGGACUUAUGCGGUCACGUCGCACCUUGGAUGUACCCGCUACGAAUUUGUCGUCGCAGGAAGGCAUGAAACUGGAUGGCGAUUCAUAGCCCACUCGGGUAACGAUUUCGCUGUCGGCACUUCUCAAAACGAGCGCUCCAAGCUGGGUGGUGUGGGUUUCAUGUGGAAGGACGUCCUCCAGAAGAAUGUGGAAUGCGGCGGCUUCCAUGUGCAACUCGGUUUGGGUGACCAGAUUUAUGGUGACAGGCUGUGGAGGGAGGUGCCUCUGAUGAAGCAGUGGCUAGCGAUGAGUGGAAGAGACAACAAGAGAAACACGCAAUGGACGGCCCGCCACGAGGAAGACGUGAGCCAUGCUUACUUCCACUACUAUACAAGCCACUUUGACCAGCCUUAUCUGAGGGAGGCUUUUGCUCAGAUCCCUCACGUCUUGCAGAUUGAUGACCAUGACAUCUUUGAUGGAUUUGGCUCAUAUCCCGACUAUAUGCAAUCAUCUGCCAUUUUCAAGAACACCGGGCGGGUCGCAGCGGACAUGUACCUGCUAUUCCAGCAUCAUACAACGGUGGAGAUGAUGCGUAAUGUCAGCACUGACCACGACAUCUUCACCAUUACAGGUACUGGGUGGCAUUUCGUCAAGUAUCUCGGUCCGGCAGUGGCUGUUGUCGGGACAGACUGCCGAUCGGAGCGAACCCAGGCUCGUGUCAUGGCCGGGCCUACUUACCAGGGUAUCUUCCCCAAGGUGGCGACUCUACCACCCAGCGUACAGCAUGUCAUCUGGAUGGUGUCUGUUCCCCUGGUCUAUCCCAGGCUAGAUACCGUGGAGAGCUUGGCUAAUACCGUUGCUGCGGGAAAGAAGGCCGUCAACACGACGUACAACAUCCUUGGCAAAGUCACAAGCUCCGUGGCAGGUGUUGUGGGUGGUAAGGAGAUGGUGGCCCAGGGAUUCAGCCAGGUCAAGAAGGCUGUUGGUAAAUCAGGACUCAUGGGCAACGUCCUCAACCAAUUUGGCGAGCUGGAUAUCCAGGAAGUCCUCAAAGACAUGUGGACGCACGACUCCAAGGAUCUAGAGAGGACAUAUUUCAUCCGAACCCUUCAAGGUAUCGCCCAGCAAAAAGGUGUCCGCAUGACAUUCUUAUCUGGAGAUGUCAACUGUGCAGGAGCUGGUCUUGUUCACGACCCGACUCACCCUGGGGACCACAAGACGAUGUACCAGAUUAUCACUUCACCGAUAGUGUCUGCGCCUCAGAGCACCUACGUGUUGAAGCUGCUCCAUAACCAGAAGACGCUCUAUGUACCGCUUAAUGGCCAAAAGUCCACGCAUGAAGUAUCUGAUACCAAAGAAGACAUGAUGGAAAUUUUCCAUACCGAUGCUAGUGGAGCGACGAGAGAGCUGAAGAAGCUCAUGGGCCGCCGCAACUACGUGGCCGUCGUUGCAUACGACCAUGAUGCUGUCAUGGCCCAGAGUCAGGGGCCCUUUAGCCCCAACCCUAGCAUCCAUAGCCAGCAGCCGGGCUUGUCUAGGCUCAGUCUCGCGGUUGACUUUGUGGUACAAGGUGAUGGAGCUUUUACGGCUACCACCAAGUACGGCCCUGUGAUUAUCCCUCACUUGGAAUAUGGAAGGUGA